AUGAAGCUUCUUUUGACUGGCCUUCUGGCCAGUGCUGCGGUUGCGGCCGCCCAGGAACAACAGGUUCUCAACGCCGAGGGCCCUGGACCACAGCAGGAGCCUACCACGUCAAUCUUCGACGAGACCCUCAAGCACUUCCAAUCAGGCGUUGAGGAUGGCAUCACCCAUUUCUGGUCCGAGAUGAAGACCAACUUCAAGGACUAUCUCCCGCUCAUUUCACUCCCCAAGAAGCACACUCGUCGUGCUGACUCAGAAUGGGACCACAUCAUCCGUGGGUCCGACGUUGAGGGCCUGUGGGUGAAAGGUGUCGAUGGCGAGAAACGCAGAGAGGUUGACGGGAAGCUUGAAAACUACGAUCUUCGAGUAAAAUCCGUCAACCCGGCUGACCUCGGUAUCGACCCCGGCGUCAAGCAGUACAGCGGUUAUCUCGACGAUAACGAGGCCGACAAGCAUCUCUUCUACUGGUUCUUCGAAUCUCGAAACGACCCCAAGAAUGACCCCGUCGUUCUCUGGUUGAACGGUGGCCCAGGCUGCUCUUCCUUGACCGGCUUGUUCCUCGAGCUCGGCCCUGCCACCAUCGACAAGAACCUCAAGAUCGUCAACAACCCUUACUCUUGGAAUGCCAACGCAUCCGUCAUCUUCCUGGACCAGCCAGUCAAUGUUGGCUUCUCCUACAGUGGCUCAUCCGUUUCUGACACUGUUGCUGCCGGAAAGGAUAUCUACGCCUUGUUGACCCUCUUCUUCAAGCAAUUCCCCGAAUAUGCCACUCAGGAUUUCCAUAUCUCCGGUGAAUCCUAUGCCGGCCACUAUAUCCCGGUCUUUGCUUCCGAGAUCCUUUCCCACAAGAACACCAACAUCAACCUCAAGUCCGUUCUCAUCGGCAACGGUUUGACCGACCCUCUGACCCAGUACCCUGAAUACCGACCAAUGGCCUGUGGUGACGGUGGCUACCCAGCCGUCUUGGACCAGGGUACCUGCAAGUCUAUGGACAACUCCCUUGAGCGCUGUCUAUCCCUGAUCGAGACCUGCUACAGCUCUGAGUCUGCUUGGGUUUGCGUUCCAGCCGCCAUGUACUGCAACAGCGCCAUCCUUGCCCCUUACCAACAGACCGGCAUGAACCCCUACGAUGUCCGUAGCAAGUGCGAGGACAUGGGCUCGCUCUGCUACCCUCAACUGAACGACAUCACCAAGUGGCUAAACAAGAAUUCAGUCAUGAAGGCUCUCGGUGCCGAAGUUGACAGCUACGAGAGCUGCAAUUCCGGUAUUAACCGCGACUUCCUCUUCCAUGGUGACUGGAUGAAGCCAUACCACCGUCUUGUCCCAAGCGUGCUCGAGAAGAUCCCUGUCCUCAUCUAUGCUGGUGACGCUGACUUUAUCUGCAACUGGCUCGGUAACCAGGCCUGGACCAAUGCUCUCGAAUGGCCUGGCCGCGAGAAGUUCGCUGCCGCCAAGAUGGAGGACCUCAAGAUCGUGGACAACGAGCACAAGGGCAAGAAGAUUGGUCAGGUCAAGUCGAGCGGCAACUUCACCUUCAUGCGUAUUUUCGGAGCCGGCCACAUGGUGCCACUUAAUCAGCCCGAAGCUAGUUUGGAAUUCUUCAACCGCUGGCUCAGGAAAGAAUGGCAGUAG